ACCAAUCGCAAGGUACCUUAUGGCUCUGUGAACUACAGAGACCAGAGCUACGGCGUCAUUGCGAUAGUCGGCGGGAAAAGUCCAUUUGGUUUGUGGUACCGUGACUUUCCAUACGUUCUCUCCGUUUUAGUAAUAAAAAAAAACCAUCUCCCAGGACUUCGGCAACGUCUCGCUCGCUCUGAAGGAGCUGCUGCAGGUCGUCGUCCAUCAUGUCUGACAGUCUGAUGCGAGGCGUCCGGGUCCAGCUGACCACAACGAUGGACUCCGUUUUGAGGACGGCCGUGUUUGAAGUCAUGAGGAUCUUAGAAAGCGCACUGUAUAACCAUAAGAUGGAGAUGGCGCAGAAGGGAGAAGAGAUUGCUCAACUCAAAAUAAAGCUACAAGCUGCAGAGAUAAAGCUUAAAGACUUUGAGAUGAGCAGUCAGAGAAGAGCAGAGACGACUGAAACCCAAUCAAAGCCAAAAGUUGUUCCAGUUGCCCCAGAACAGCCUAUCACAGUUCCUGAGAUUGAUGUUGAAGUGCCUGAUGACUGGUGUGCUCCACUGGGCUGUGAUACGUCGAACAGACAAGAGGAGGGUUGUCCCAGCGUAAGACUGCGCCAGUUUUCCAUACGCCUGUUUCCUGUUCCUCUUGUUAAGCACGAGGUGUGUAGAUGGAUCUGGGAAGUUCAGGAGAACAACAAUGUCAUCAACGUACAGAAAUCUCCAGUCGGCAGGAGAUCAAAAAGAAUCUCUGCCAUGAAUGAAAAGCCAAACCCGAGCCAAGACGAAAGUAAACCAGGCAGUAAUCGAGCAGCUCGGCACCCGAAAAUAAGUGGCGACCUCAACAAAUUACUCCAUGGUCUCAGCAAGGACUACUGCGACCUCAGCGGUUUGGACCGGCUUCGGAAAAGACGAACGAGUGAGGAAACUUUAACAGACAAUGACAAAAAAGAGAAGAAAGACGAAGAAGAUUCGCUAAAGAACGAAGAGAAAAAUCAGAGGAAAUCCAAAUACAUUUGCAAGACUUGCUACAAGGUGUUGAACACAAAAAAAGGCAUGCGUGCACAUGAGCGUUUCCAGAAGAAGUGCAAAGGCUGCCUGAAGGCCUUCUGCUUCCAAAAUGAUGUGAAAUACCAUAAGAGAGUUUGUGCAGAGUACAAGAAGUCGAUGAAAGAAAAAUACAGACUACAAGGGAACAAGACUCCCGUAAAAAAAAAAGCACUCGACUCCAGCAAAGCAGAGGGGAUCGGGAUAAAGGAAAUCACGCAGUCUUCUGCAGACAAAAAAAACCCCUCCACCCGAAAGUUCUCAUGCAAAAAGUGCAGCUACAAGACUAACUCCAGAAAAAAAUUUAGACGACACAAAAUGUGUCACAGCGAGAAGAUGCAAACUUCGCCCGUAUGUCAAGAGAUCCUUGAUGAGAAAAAGGAAUUCGACGUACACGAGAAGAAGCACAAAAGUCUCAUGCAGGUCAGCAACCAAAAUGGAGACCUGGGAUGGACUGAGCCCUUAGAAGAUGUUGACGAAGAUGGAGGAUUAAAACGCGGUGAGAAAAUGCAAGAAUGAAGGCCACUGAGGGUGAUGAGUGAUGUACGUUUUGUUUUUUUACCAGCCUGAGUGCGUAAGAAGAAGGGCAGGAAGACUGCAACAGGAAUAGCGGCUGUCCUCGCUGAAAGCCGUAAUUUACACCCACUGUGCUUUUAGUUUUACUUCAGAAUUGGAAACGAACAGCUCCAAAUAUUGUAUUUCUUAAAACCAUUUCAGUCAAAACAAGAAGCCAAAGUAGCUUUGUUUUUUGUUUUUGUUUUUUUUCCCUCAAAUCACAGGUAAGAGUAUAAGACGAGACGGGUUUCGUCCACCAAAAGCAAGUAGUCACCUCAACGUCUUGUUUUCUCUGACUAAAAUUAGACUGACGAAGGCAGAUGUAUCCUCAGAAAGUGAAAACUCUUAAGAGAGGGAAACUAUAAACUUGCUAGGUGAUCGUCGAGUAAGUCAAAAGUGCUUCAUCACUUUGUGAGAAAUAUGAUCCAAGCCAAAAAUGUGCUUUUUUUUUUCUCUGUUUGCUUGUUGUUGUUUUAAUAAAUACGAAGGUCCAGUCUCUCCCAAGUAUUUGUUUGCAUUUGAUACAUCUUGGGUACUUCACAACUUUAUUAUAUGAUGUUCUUGAAAGCUGGAUCAUUACAGCUCUCUGGUGUCAAUUACAUUGGUUCAACAGAUUUAAUUUUUAAAAAUGGGUUUACUCUUCAGGAUUGAUUUGAGCUUAGCAAUCUUGUUUAGUUUUUGUUCAUUUUUAACAUUUAAGAAUAAUAUUUAAUUAUUUUACUUAAAUGUUGACAGUAUUGAAUUUGACAGUAAAAAAUACCUUUAUUUAAUGGAGUUUUAAAAUGCUUCCUGAUGUCCCUUUAUUUGAUUUUAAUUUCAUGCUGUUGUUCUGAAAUAAAGCAAACUUUGUAGUUUUUCACUGCUA